AUGCAACCUUCGUCGUCCUCCCAGCCCGCACCAUCUCAGCGCAAUGCGUCCGGUAGCUCGACGGCAAAGGAAAGGCGACGGACGUCGCGGGCCACCUCCGGCGGGGACAAGAAGAAAAGGCAGCGUGUGACCUCGGACCAACUGGCCCACCUCGAGAGCAUAUUCGCCGUCGAGCACACCCCGACCCAAGAACGGCGACGCCAGAUUAGUCAAGCGCUGGGUAUGGAAGAGAAGCAGACCAAGGUCUGGUUCCAGAAUAGACGGGCAAAAAUGAACAGGGAGUCGAAGGACGGCAGCGCUCCUGCAGUCAUCUCGCCCGGGACGGACAAUCUCAUGCAGCUGUUUCGAGAACAAGAGGGCGUGACAUUCCUUCCUACCGUCGAUCUACGCAUAGGGUCCUGGCGCCGCAUACGCAAUCCUGAGACCAACGAUCUUGCCGGCUACGUCUGUCCCCGCUCACGUUCAUUGUGCUGGUUCGUGCACGCUGGUGGCCGCCGCUACGAGAUGUCCAUCUCGUUCGACUCGAUCAUCAAGAUUGACUAUAACGAGCACCCCGUCCCGGACAACCUCUUCGCGUUCAUCCACCUCUCCCAACCGCCGACAUUCUGGUCACAUGAGCCGCGCGACACUGGACCUAAUGCCUGGCAAUUAGGCACGGACUGGACGGAGGAUCAUCAAGCCACCUCUGUUCUGACGCAUGUUGCUGCAGGCUCAAAGCCUCAUCUCGUGGAGUUGCAGAGGCUGCUCAUGAACGAUCGGAGUGCGAAGCAUGGCCAUGCAACAGGACAGGCAUCAUCGGCGACCGCACAGGGCCCAUCGCUGUCGCCACUAAUGCCGUCCGAGCGACAGGAUGCCGCCGCUGCAACGCAAAGCCAUCUUGGCCGAGGGCACCCAGCGUCCAACCCAUACUCUACAGCGCCGGCUAUGCAAACGCAAGAUAGCGCCAUGCCACCUUCGUCCUUCCUAAGCCAACAACCGCUGGAGCCGCUCAACCAGGAAACCGUGCUUGCUGCCCCCGUACCUACCAAACCGCCAUUAAUACUUCCGGUCCAUCAGCAAAGCUAUGAGCAGCCAUGGUCUGCAGGUCCGCCAUCCGUCUCCCCACCACGCACGACCUCAUCAGAGAUCUCCGCGUACUCCCUGCCGCCGAACCUCCCCGCUCCUCCCAUCCCACCGUCCCAGCCAACUUCCCAGCCGUCCCACGGCAUGCCUAAUGGACGGAUGAUGCCGCCUGAUACGAUGAACGCACCCCAUCAAUCAAUGCCACCGCCGCCGCCACCGCAUACGAUGCCCCCGCCAUCGAUGACCGCGCACUCUCAGGCGGCCCAGCAGGGCUCGCGCCGGUCAGUGUCUUAUCAGAUGCCCGAGCGCGUGACGAGGCAGAAUCGGCGGCAUGAACCGUACGACGUCGCUGCGCAUAGUUCGCGGCGUGCGUCGACGGGCUCGGCGCUGCAGCCGCCCUCGGCGUACGGCUCAGCGGGGACGCAGAGUUAUGCACAGGCUGCAUAUGCACAGCAGCAACAACAGCAGCAACAGCAACAGCAGCCGCAACAGCCGGGACAAACAGCGUAUGGGCAAGGCGAGCAGGCACAACGGCCGAACCAAGCACCGCCUGCUGCUGGAAUGCGUCAUGCCCCGGCCAUUCGACGCUUGUCUGUCAGCUUCGGCCAGAAGCAGCCCGUGGAUUUGCGCCUAGACGAUGACGCCUCGCCAGAACAGUAUCAGCCUCCUCCCCAGCAAGUUUACAACCUCCCACCACCCAGCGCGUAUGGGAGCGCAUACCAGUCAGCACCUCCUGCGUCCUUUCCUCCAGCCCCGCCACCUGGUCACUUCCCUCCUGUGCCGCCACCACAAUCCUUCCAGGCGCCUGAACCGGCGCGCCACACGCCACAGUCGUAUGGCAACGAGGCUUCUACCUCACGGGCGCCCUCGCCCGAGCCGACGCACAAGCUACCCGACUCGCCGCUAUUGACCAAACCUUGGAUACCUCCACCGCACAUCCUUGAGAACCUGAAGCGUGGUGCAGAGGCUGCAGAGGCCGAGAAGCGGGCUGAGGCGGCGAGGAAGAAGGCCGAAGCGGCCAAGAAGGCGGCAGAGGAGGCGCAGCGGGCAGCGGAGGAGGCGAUGAAGGAGGCAGAGGCAGAGGAGGCCGCGCAGCGGGAGAUCGCGCAACGUGCGGCGCAAAGGGAGGCGGCCGAGCGCGAGGCAGCCCAGCGAGAGGCGGCGCAGCGGAUGAUGCCGCCAAUACAGGAGGGGUACAACUCGGGGGCGUACUACUCGCAGAACCAGAGCGAGUACUAUGCGGCACAGAACUACGGGGUGCCGCCCCCGCCGCCCGAGAGCAGCGCACCUUCGUCUACGUCUGCGACGCCAACGCCUCCAGCGCAGUAUGUGUACGACCCCACGACGGGGAUGUAUAUGAACAUUGCGUAUCAGUAUCGGUAA